AUGAUUAUAUUAUCAUUUAGUUCAUCUUUCAAAUUCGUUUGUAAUGAUAAAACCCAACAAAAAAGAAUGAGAAGAGCCAAAAUCAUCAAUCAGUACGAUUCGUAUAAGCUCAAAACAUCAAAUACUGUUAAAAAUGUUAAAUUUCAAUCAAUUUCAAAAACAGUGUUUUCUCAAAAGAUGGAAAUUUUGGCAUCACUUGUGGAACGCGGGUCAAUUGAAGAUGCACUCCAAGUGUUUGAUGAAAUGCCAAAAAGAAGCAGUUUUGUUUGGAAUUUUGUAAUUCGGGUGUUAACUAAUAAUGGGUAUUUUGAAGAUGCUAUUGGGUUGUAUUGUCAAAUGUGUGUGGAAGGAAUUAGAGGUGAUAAGUAUACGUUUCCGUUUGUUAUAAAGGCGUGUGGGGGGUGUUUGGAUGUUUUUGAAGGGAGGAAAGUGCAUUCAAAGUUGUUUAAAGUUGGAUUGGAUAUGGAUUUACAUGUGUCGAAUUCACUUAUUUUAAUGUAUGCGAAACAUGGUUGUAUUGAGAUUGCGGAAAAGGUGUUUCGUGAGAUGGGUUUUAGAGAUUUGGUUUCAUGGAAUUCGAUGAUCAAUGGGUAUAUCUUGGUUAAUGAUGUAUUAAGUUCACUAGAAUGUUUUCGUAAAAUGCAUGGAGAAAGAGUUCAACUUGAUAGGUUUACGAUUGUAAAUGCUCUUCAUGCGUCUUCUCGGAUAGGUUCUUUGCGCUCUGGGAAGGAAAUUCACGCUCAAGCAAUCAAAGGUGAUUUGGAUUGCAAUGAAAUGGUUCAGACAUCACUAAUCGACAUGUAUGGGAAAUCUGGUGGAAUGUGUUACGCCGAGAGGGUUUUCAACAUGAUGUCUCAAAAACAUGUUGCAGCUUGGAAUGCAAUGAUUCGUGGGUACGCGUCGAAUGGUCAAUCCUUUGAAUCAUUUUCUUGCUUGAGAACUAUGCAAGAAAAUGGUAUUAAACCUGACAAUGUAUCACUAAUAAACUUGCUUCCAUCUUGUUCACAGCUAAGAACCAUGUGGAGUGGCAAAGCCGUCCAUGGCUAUGCAGUUAGAAUGGGAUUUCUUCCUCACAUUGUACUAGGCACUGCUAUAAUAGAUAUGUAUGGAAAGUGUGGAGAGCCCAGAUUGGCAAAACAGGUUUUUAAUCAAAUGCAUCAAAGAAAUUUGAUAUCAUAUAAUACUCUGAUUACUGCCCUUGGUCAAAACGGCCAAUAUACAGACGCGUUAAACUUCUUCUGGGAUAUCUGGAAUAACGGUUUCAAACCGGAUGCUAUGACGAUUACUAGCAUUCUACCUGUGUAUUCUGAGAUAGCCUGGCUGCGAGAAGGAAAACAAAUUCAUGGAUAUAUUGUAAAAUCGGGUUUCUUAUUAAAUACAUUUGUCCUCAAUUCACUUGUAUAUAUGUAUGCAAAAUGUGGGGAUGUUGUUUCUGCACGGGAUAUAUUUGAUGGGAUUUCCGUGAAAGAUAUUAUUUCAUGGAAUACAAUAAUUAUGGCUUAUGCCAUUCAUGGAUAUGGUGAAGUUUCAGUUAAUUUGUUUUCUAAGAUGAAGAAAAAGGGUAUAAAACCAAAUGUGAGCACUUAUGUUUCGGUUUUAUCAUCUUGUAGUGUUUCGGGUAUGGUGGAAGAAGGAUGGAAGUAUUUCACUGAAAUGAAAGUUGAGUAUGGAAUUGAACCAUGCAUAGAGCAUUACGGGUGUAUGCUUGAUCUUCUUGGACGUGUUGGUGACAUUAAAAAAGCCAAACAAAUGAUUACUGAAAUGCCCCUAGAACCUACUUCUAGGAUCUGGGGAUCUUUGCUUACUGCAAGCCGAAAACAUAAAGAUCUAGAACUUGCAGAAUUUGCUGCUAAGCAGAUUUUACAGUUGCAGCGUGAUAACACAGGGUUGUAUGUUCUGCUGUCUAACAUGUACGCUGAAACAGGGAGAUGGGAUGACUUUAGGCUGGUCAAAUCUAUUAUGGAUAGUCAAGGCAUGACAAAAUCCAUUGGGUUGACCAUUGUUGAUAUCAAGGGUAAAACCUUUAAGUUUACUAAUCAAGAUAGAUCCCAUGAACUUACUCAUCUGAUUUAUCAUGUAUUAGAUAUCAUAUUAAAGAAACCUCAUGGUAAUUUUCCUAGAUUCAAACCUGCUGAGGUUUGGAGAAAAAGGUCAAAAUCAGCAGAUUGGCACAGUGUGAAACUUGCAGUUUGUUUUGGGUUGAUCUCUACCUCGAUUGGGAACCCUGUUCUUGUACGAAAAAAUGUUAGAAUCUGUGAAGAUUGUCACAAUGCUAUGAAAAAGAUCUCAUUAAAUUGUCAUAGAGAAAUAGUGGUGGGAGAUUCGAAGAUUUACCAUCAUUUCGAACAUGGUCAUUGCUCGUGUCAUGAUUAUUGGUAAAGUAAAGUUUCCGCAUGUACAUAAAUCAAGUCAAGAUUUUGGAUUCAUUUAGUACACGAUUGUAAGUACAGAGCUUAUCAUAUCUUGACAAUCUAGUGUACAGUAAAGUUAAAAGAGAAAAGAUUCUACUUAGUGUGUUGUACUAUUAUUAUGUAUAACACAAAGAAAAUUUAGCAAACUGUAUAUAUGUGUCCUGUAUGGCUGUGUCAAUCUCCAAAGCAUACAUCUUUAACUUUGUAUCGAAAAACAUAUAUUCCUUCGUCAGUGUCUUAUAUAUUACUAUAUUAGAGGUUAAGUUCUCUGCAUUAUAUAUAACUAUCUAUUUAUCUAUCU